AUGGAAGAAGAUAAAGAUGUUCCUUUAAUACUGGGCAGACCAUUCUUGGCCACAGGCAGAGCUUUGAUCGACGUUCAGAAUGGGCAAUUGAUACUGAGAUUGGGAGAAGAACGGGUUUCAUUCAAUAUCUUCAAGGCCAUGAAACUGCCAAUAGAGACUGACAGAUGUUUCAGGGCUGACAUGAUUGAUAAAAUGAUUGAAGAGUCAUUUACACUGCAAAAUCCAUCAGAUGCAUUGGAGGCCUACAUUGCACAUUCUAAAUUCACAAAUUCUGAUUCUGUGGACAUAGAAAUGUGUGCAAGAUUUUUGGAGUCCAACCCACCUUACACGCGGAAACGAUACUUUGAGGAGCUUGGGACAGGGCCAGAGAAAUCACAGCCAUCUAUUCUGAAGCCACCAAAGUUGGAACUUACGCAGCUGUCCCCACACUUAAGAUAUGCAUAUUUGGGGGAGUCCAAUAUACUUACAGUGAUAAUUUCAAACAUGGUUAGUGAAGUGGAGGAGGAAAAACUGCUUAGGGUGCUUCGAGAUAACAAGCAAGCAAUUGGAAGAGGCGCAGAUCAGAUAAUCAGAAGAUGCAUUCCUGAAGAUGAAGUAUCGGAGAUUCUAGAACAUUGUCACUCUUCUGCAUAUGCUGGGCAUUUUGGAGCUUCAAAGACUGCUGCAAAGAUACUACAGUCGGGUUUCUAUUGGCCUACUUUAUUCAGAGACAUAUUCGAGCAGUUAAAGAGAAUACUGGAAGUUACAGUGAACUCAUCCCGAAAAGAUUGGUUUAAGAAGUUGGACGAUGCACUGUGGGCUUACGGAACAGCGUUUAAGACACCAAUAGGAAUGUCUCAAUACCGCCUGAUUUUUGGGAAAGCGUGUCAUCUACCAUUGGAGUUGGAGCACCGAGCAUAUUGGGCUAUGAAACAGUUGAAUAUGGAUCUUAAGGCUGCUGGUGAAAAAUGA